UCACUCCAGUAGCAGCGGGGGCAGCCGUCACAGGAGCAGGAAAGCAGCAGUGAGCCCACUAGGUGUCACCACAGCCAUAGAAGACAGUGUUGAAGCCAGAAAGCUGUUCAGUAGCCAUCAGUGACAUUUCAACAGCCAAGUCAAGCCCGCUGCAGAUUUCCUGCUCCCAGUAGCAGCAUUUGACAAGAAUCAAAUGUCAUGUGGCCAAAUUCUUACAGCAAUGUUUUGAUAAAUAUGGAGUGUGGAUGGGAAACUUGGUGACUCAGGAGAGUUGAAAGCUUUGGUUAGAAGAGUCAAAAAAUAAAAGAGGAGAAAAGAGAAUUUGCCCGUGGCCAAGACUUCAUGUCACAGUGGAACAUGGAGACACUGAUGCACCAUAAUAGCUGGAAGCACCAAAACCCUCUGAAGGAUUAUAUCUCAUUAUAUGUGAGCUUGUUAUGUCAAUGACUUUUAUGUACGGCCACUAUUCUGGCCAUUGAUUUAAAAAAAAAAAAAAAAAAAAAAAUGAUGGUUCACACUAAGUUCCAGCCAUGAUGUCUCAUCAUUGUUUCCAGAGCAGCUUCAGCGAUAAUGUUGUCAAAAGUGCUGGUGGGUGUCGCCUUGUCCCUCCUCAUCCUUCUGACUGUGGGGGGUAACGUGCUGGUGUGCCUGGCUGUCUGCGCCUCCCGACGCCUCCGUUGUCUCACUAACUGCUUCAUUGUGUCGCUGGCUGUGAUCGACCUGCUGCUCGGCCUCUUGGUCCUCCCUUUCUCCGCCCUCCACCAGCUCAACGACGAGUGGCCGUUCGGCCCAGGCUUCUGCAACUUUUACGUCUCCAUGGAUGUCAUGCUGUGCACCGCCUCCAUCCUCACUCUGCUGGCCAUCAGUAUCGACCGCUACCUGGCAGUGACCAUGCCUCUGAGACAUGCCUCACUGGUGUUGCCAUGGAGAGUUGCAGUGGCCAUGGCCAGUGUCUGGACAGUGUCUGUGGCUGUGUCCUUCUUGCCCAUCCAUAUGGGGUGGAACACUGUUAACGGGACGGUGCAGAACAACGGGCCGUGGGCUCCGAAGGGGAAAUGUCGCUUCGAGCUGAACCGACCUUACGUGCUGACUGACUCUCUCCUGACGUUCUACCUGCCUUUGGUGGCCAUGUGCGUGAUCUAUCUGCGCAUACUUCGUAUCGCACGGGCACAGGCCAAGCGCAUUAUCAAUGCCCGGCCCACUUUUACCACUCACUACCACAGCAGGAGCAAUUCCACCAGCACCACUGUAGUUUCCAGUGUCACAGCAGUGGCUCUGCGGGAACAUAAAGCUACACUGACACUGGCUGCUGUGAUAGGGGCUUUCGUUGUGUGCUGGCUGCCGUACUUCAUCCUGUUCACAGUGCUGGGCCUCAAGGAGCACCCGGACCCCAGCACAGUAUCAGCAUAUCCCAUUGUGUUGUGGCUGGGUUAUGCAAACUCAGCCCUCAACCCGAUCCUCUACGGAGCCCUAAACAGGGACUUCAGGUCAGCCUACAGCCAUCUACUGAGAUGUCGGUGCCCUAUUUACAGUGGAUGGAGGAGUCGACAGCCAUCGCCCACUGUACCAGCAGCCAGAGAGCAGAUGACGGAGGCAACACUACUGUGUGGCCACAUCCCUUCUACAUGCAGGGCAGGUCUGCCAGAUCAGAGCUUCACGCUUCAAGACGUGGACCGGACAACCACAGCAGCGGUCCAGUUUGCAAAUGGCACUGCAGCCACAGACGUCCACGGGAGGGAAGAGUUAACUGUCCACCGUCAGAUAAGUGAAUACUAGCAAUGAAGGUGGACGCUGUGAAUCCAUCCCGAGGAGACAACACAUCAGACGCACACAAAAAGACGCCCCACGGUUUGAAAGCGUUCGGUGCCGCAGCAGAAGCACCUAACAUGCCAUCUCCACGCAUCGUUAGCAAGAAUGGGCUCGUUCGUACUCCAUCCGGGACCCAACCAGUGAAGACGCGAACGCGGACAAAGCUAAAUAUUGGACGUUGUCAAACAUGUUGGACUAAUUGUGGUUUCAACUUGGCCGUUUUGCUGACUCCAGACUGCACGCCAGCGGGAAACAUGAAGUAUCACAACGCAACUGAACUUGUAAUUAAUGUUGGAUGUUUAAGAUGAAUGAACAAAAAAAAAGGUGAUGCAUAGACAUCU